CAUAUCCAAAUCAGUUGGACUUUAUGAAGGAUCUCCAUUGAUUGGUUUACUGAUUUUUCUCACUAAAGUACUCAUUUGUUUGGGCUAUUUACUAGGCGACUGCCUGGUAAAACACGAGGCAGGUUUGGAUCUCCCACUUGUUUACAGGAGCAGAGAAAGUCACUAUUUUGUCGCAGCCACAGAGAAUGUGAAGCUGUUGCCAUGUCGAUAUCCUCUCUAGAAGUGUUCUCUACGGAACCUUUCCUCAUUGGAAUGUUCACAGCAGAAGGUUCCUCCUCUGGACAUUACACAGAACCCCACUUGGAGGAAUACCUCAUCGCCAUGGGCGAUAACAAUGUCACAUGGCCAGUCUGCACCUAUAAGGAGGAUUUUAAACGCUUCCUACUUCCUGCCGUCUACAGUGUGGUCUUCCUGAUUGGUCUGCCUCUGAAUGGGGCGGUCAUCUUGAAGAUCUGGAGGUCACGACCCAACCUGACCCGGAGCAACGUCUACAUGCUCAAUCUGGCCACGGCUGACUUCCUGUAUGUGAUGUCACUACCUCUGCUCAUCUACAACUACGCCAGUCAUGACUACUGGCCCUUUGGAGAGCUGGCCUGCAAACUGGUCCGCUUUCAGUUCUACAGUAACCUGCAUGGCAGUAUCCUGUUCCUGACCUGUAUCAGCCUCCAGCGCUACGUGGGCAUCUGCCACCCUAUGGCCGGCUGGCACAAGCAGGGGGGUCGCAGGCUGGCACGGGUGGUCUGUGGGGGUGUGUGGCUGGUGGUCGCCCUCCUCUGUGCCCCCACGUUCCACUACGCCUCCACAGGAACACAACGUAACCGCACCGUCUGUUACGACCUGAGUCCACCGGAGCAUUCGGCUGACUACUACCCCUAUGGGAUGGCUCUGACCUGCCUGGGCUUCCUGUUGCCUUUUAUGGGUGUGGUGGCAUGCUACUGUCGCAUGGGUCGCCUCCUCUGCCGCCCGCCAUCCUAUCAGGGCGCUACCAUGGCAGCCUCAAUGGAGAAACGGGACAAGGCGGUGAAGAUGAUAGUCAUCGUGGUGACGGUGUUCGCUGUGAGCUUCCUGCCGUUCCACCUUACUAAGACCAUGUACCUGUUGGUACGAACCUUACCAGGUGCUCCGUGUGCGACACGGAACCUGUUCUCAGUGAUCUACAAGUGCACCAGGCCUUUCGCCAGCAUGAACAGUGUUCUAGAUCCUAUACUGUUCUACUUCACACAGCCACGGUUCCGCAGGAGCACCAGAAUACUGAUCACCAAGAUCACCACUCUCAGAGACAGGGAACCAAGGUGUGAGGAAGUGAAAAGCCCUAGAUUAUUCAGACCCCAUGUUUAAUCAAGGGUUAACUGGCUUUGAGACAAAGGAACCAAGGAGUAUGUAAAACAACCAUAGUCCACAGUUGUGUUACACCUAGAUACAUGGGUUCUGGGUAGCUAGAACCGAUCCAGAACCCUCAUUGACUUCUGCUCUGCCAGCAUGGCAACAAGUCAGUGUGUUUGCUAGUGUGUCUGCUUGUGACUGUAUACUAAAAUGCAUGAAGUAGUCAGCCAUAACACUGCUUUUGGUUGCCAUAGUAUUAUGUAAUGUAUCCUGUAUGUCCGUGCACAUUGCUAGUUGUUUUCUAUAUGAGCCACUAGGUGGCGUGUAUUACCUACACAUCCCAUGGCCUUAUUUAUUUUUUAUUUUACCUUUAUUUAACUAGGCAAGUCAGUUAAGAACAAAUUCCUAUUUACAAGCCUAUCCAAAGGCAAACGGCCUCCUGCGGGGACGGGGCUUGGGAUUAAAAAUUGUAAAAAGAAUAUAAAAAUAUAGGGCAAAACCACACAUCAUGACAAGAGAGACAACACAACACUAUUUAAAGAGAGACCUAACACAACAUAGCAUAGCAGCAACACAUGACAACACCGCAUGGUAGCAAAGGAUGCCUUAGCGGGAUAAUCCACCCCAAACCACUAAUUCCACUUAUCAACCGUGUUGCAUGUUUUAAUGUAUUGUUUAAUUCACCUUUAUUUAACCAGGUAGGCCAGUUGAGAACAAGUUCUCAUUUACAAUUACGACCUGGCCAAGAUAAAGCAAAGCAGUUCGACAGAUACAACGACACAGAGUUACACAUGGAGUAAAACAAACAUACAGUCAAUAAUACGUUAGAAAUAAAAGUCUAUAUACGAUGUGAGCAAAUGAGGUGAGAUAAGGGAGGAAACGGUAGUAAGUUAGAGAUGGGCUGUGUACAGGUGCAGUAAUCUGUGAGCUGCUCUGACAGUUGGUGCUUAAAGCUAGUGAGGGAGAUAAGGGAGGAAAAGGUAGUAAGUUAGAGAUGGGCUGUGUACAGGUGCAGUAAUCUGUGAGCUGCUCUGACAGUUGGUGCUUAAAGCUAGUGAGGGAGAUAAGUGUUUCCAGUUUCAGAGAUGUUUGUAGUUUGUUCCAGUCAUUGGCAGCAGAGAACUGGAAGGAGAGGCGGCCAAAGGAAGAAUUGGUUUUGGGGGUGACCAGAGAGAUAUACCUGCUGGAGCGUGUGCUACAGGUGGGUGCUGCUAUGGUGUCCAGCGAGCUGAGAUAAGGGGGGACUUUACCUAGCAGGGUCUUGUAGAUGACCUGGAGCCAGUGGGUUUGGCGACGAGUAUGAAGCGAGGGCCAGCCAACGAGAGCAUAUAGGUCGCAGUGGUGGGUAGUAUAUGGGGCUUUCGAGACAAAACGGAUGGCACUGUGAUAGACUGCAUCCAAUUUGUUGAGUAGGGUAUUGGAGGCUGUUUUGUAAAUGACAUCGCCAAAGUUGAGGAUCGGUAGGAUGGUCAGUUUUACAAGGGUAUGUUUGGCAGCAUGAGUGAAGGAUGCUUUGUUGCAACAUAGGAAGCCAAUUCUAGAUUUAACUUUGGAUUGGAGAUGUUUGAUGUGAGUCUGGAAGGAGAGUUUACAGUCUAACCAGACACCUAGGUAUUUGUAGUUGUCCACAUAUUCUAAGUCAGAACCGUCCAGAGUAGUGAUGUUGGACGGGCGGGCAGGUGCAGGCAGCGAUCGGUUGAAGAGCAUGCAUUUAGUUCUACUUCUAUUUAAGAGCAAUUGGAGGCCACAGAAGGAGGCAUUGAAGCUCGUCUGGAGGGUUGUUAACACAGUGUCCAAAGAAGGGCCAGAAGUACACAGAAUGGUGUCGUCUGCGUAGAAGUUGAUCAGAGACUCACCAGCAGCAAGAGCGACAUCAUUGAUGUAUACAGAGAAGAGAGUCUGUCCAAGAAUUUAACCCUGUGGCACCCCCAUAGAGACUGCCAGGGGCCCGGACAACAGACCCUCCGAUUUGACAAACUGAACUCUGUCAGAGAAGUAGUUGGUGAACCAGGCGAGGCAAUCAUUUGAGAAACCAAGGCUAUCGAGUCUGCCGAUGAGAAUGUGGUGAUUGACAGAGUCGAAAGUCUUGGCCAGAUCAAUGAAUACGGCUGCACAGUAUUGUUUCUUAUUGAUGGCGGUUAAGAUAUCGUUUAGGACCUUGAGCGUGGCUGAGGUGCACCCAUGACCAGCUAUAAAACCAGAUUGCAUAGUGGAGAAGAUAUGGUGGGAUUCGAAAUGGUUGGUAAUCUGUUUGUUGACUUGGCUUUUGAAGACCUUAGAAAGGCAGGGUAGGAUAGAUAUAGGUCUGUUGCAGUUUGGGUCAAGAGAGUCCCCCCCCUUUGAAGAGGGGGAUGACCGCAGCUGCUUUCCAAUCUUUGGGAAUCUCAGACGACACGAAAGAGAGGUUGAACAGGCUAGUAAUAGGGGUUGCAACAAUUUCGGCAGAUCAUUUUAGAAAGAAAGGGUCCAGAUUGUCUAGCCCAGAUGAUUUGUAGGGGUCCAGAUUUUGCCGCUCUUUCAGAACAUCAGCUAUCUGCAUUUGGGAGAAGGAGAAAUGGGGAAGGCUUGGGCGAGUUGCUGUGGGGGGUGCAGUGCUGUUGACCGGGAUAUGGGUAGCCAGGUGGAAAGCAUGGCCAGCCGUAGAAAAAUGCUUAUUGAAAUUCUCAAUUAUAGUGGAUUUAUCGGUGGUGACAGUGUUUCCUAUCCUCAGUGCAGUGGGCAGCUGGGAGGAGGUGUUCUUAUUCUCCAUGGACUUGAGUGUCCCAGAACUUUUUUGAGUUUGUGUUGCAGGAAGCAAAUUUCUGCUUGAAAAAAGCUAGCCUUGGCUUUUCUAACUGCCUGUGGAUAUUGGUUUCUAGCUUCCCUGAAACAUUGCAUAUCACGGGGGCUGUUCGAUGCGAAUGCAGAACGCCAUAGGAUGUUUUUGCGAUGGUUAAGGGCAGUCAGGUCUGGAGAGAACCAAGAGCUAUAUCUGUUCCUGGUUCUAAAUUUCUUGAAUGGGGCAUGUUUAUUUAAGAUGGUUAGGAAGGCAUUUAAAAAAAAAAACAGGCAUCCUCUACUGACGGGAUGAGAUCAAUAUCUUUCCAGGAUACCCCGGCCAGGUCGAUUAGAAAGGCCUGCUCGCUGAAGUGUUUCAGGGAGCGUUUGACAGUGAUGAGUGGAAAUCGUUUGACCGCUGACCCAGUACGGAUGCAGGCAAUGAGGCAGAGAUCUUGGUUAAAAACAGCAGAGUUGUAUUUAAAUAACACAAAUAUGUUAAAACAAUAUUUGUGAACACGUUUCAUUUUGUCAUUAUAACAAGGUUGGUAGCAACGUUUGAAAAUCGUUGUGGAAAUCUGUUGCAGAUCAAGUCAAUUUAUGCUACAAAACCCACAAUGCGAUGCUCUCUUUCUGGGCUGGCUAUCAGGAAAACGUAACUACACACAAUAGCCAAAUCAAUAUCAGCAUGCAAAAUAGCUAGCUAGCUUUAAAAAUCACCUAAACAAACUACAUUAUCAAUUUAGGAGGCUCUCUCACCAAGCGAGAGCAGAGGACGUUGCCUUUUUCCCACGUUUCCCACAGACACACAUUGCAUUAUGGUACUUGAAGGAGAAAACACACUAUAUACAGUGAUGAGAACCAUGUAGCUAUGACGCGUUCCUACAUGAUUUCCUGCUUUCGCAGACGCACCACUUAAAAUUUAAAUCACGAGGGAAACAUUUUUUUAUCCACUGAUGGAACAUAGGCUUUCACGAAAUUGACCUGUUUCAUUUCUCGGGGCGGAUUAUCCCUUUUACAGUUUCUCAAUUGCUUAGACACAAUUCCUGGAACAACUCACCGUUUUCUCAAAUCUUCACACACAAUUGUAAAAACUCACACCCAACGGCACAAACAUCUAACUUCUGGGUCCCGAUUCAAACUUUGCCCUCAGACAACACACACAAACUGUCAAAAACACAGACUACAUGACUGUUUGUUACACACUGGAGGGAUUUAUUCAAAGUACUGCUACCAACAUGUUUAGAAUAGGUUUUCAGAUCAAUUAUUUUGAAUUUUGUAAAAUCACAGCACUGACUAUCCAGAUAACCCUUUCAGGAACACCCUGGAGAGAGAACUUCAAAACACUACUGUAAUAAAUACCUCAUACAUUAGUGGAUAAGGGAAUACUACUGUAAUGAAUACCCCGUACAUUAGUGGAUAAGGGAAUACUACUGUAAUAAAUACCCCGUACAUUAGUGGAUAAGGGAAUACUACUGUAAUGAAUACCCCGUACAUUAGUGGAUAAGGGAAUACUACUGUAAUAAAUACCCCGUACAUUAGUGGAUAAGGGAAUACUACUGUAAUAAAUACCUCGUACAUUAGUGGAUAAGGGAAUACUACUGUAAUGAAUACCCCGUACAUUAGUGGAUAAGGGAAUACUACUGUAAUAAAUACCUCGUACAUUAGUGGAUAAGGGAAUACUACUGUAAUAAAUACCUCGUACAUUAGUGGAUAAGGGAAUACUACUGUAAUAAAUACCUCGUACAUUAGUGGAUAAGGGAAUACUACUGUAAUAAAUACCUCGUACAUUAGUGGAUAAGGGAAUACUACUGUAAUAAAUACCUCGUACAUUAGUGGAUAAGGGAAUACUACUGUAAUAAAUACCUCGUACAUUAGUGGAUAAGGGAAUACUACUGUAAUAAAUACCUCGUACAUUAGUGGAUAAGGGAAUACUACUGUAAUAAAUACCCCGUACAUUAGUGGAUAAGGGAAUACUACUGUAAUGAAUACCCCGUACAUUAGUGGAUAAGGGAAUACUACUGUAAUAAAUACCCCGUACAUUAGUGGAUAAGGGAAUACUACUGUAAUAAAUACCUCGUACAUUAGUGGAUAAGGGAAUACUACUGUAAUGAAUACCCCGUACAUUAGUGGAUAAGGGAAUACUACUGUAAUAAAUACCUCGUACAUUAGUGGAUAAGGGAAUACUACUGUAAUAAAUACCUCGUACAUUAGUGGAUAAGGGAAUACUACUGUAAUAAAUACCUCGUACAUUAGUGGAUAAGGGAAUACUACUGUAAUAAAUACCUCGUACAUUAGUGGAUAAGGGAAUACUACUGUAAUAAAUACCUCGUACAUUAGUGGAUAAGGGAAUACUACUGUAAUAAAUACCUCGUACAUUAGUGGAUAAGGGAAUACUACUGUAAUAAAUACCUCGUACAUUAGUGGAUAAGGGAAUACUACUGUAAUAAAUACCUCAUACAUUAGUGGAUAAGGGAAUACUACUGUAAUAAAUACCUCGUACAUUAGUGGAUAAGGGAUUACUACUGUAAUAAAUACCUCGUACAUUAGUGGAUAAGGGAAUACUACUGUAAUAAAUAUCUUGUACAUUAGUGGAUAAGGGAAUAAUAGUGUAAUAAAUACCUCGUACAUUAGUGGAUAAGGGAAUACUACUGUAAUAAAUACCUCGUACAUUAGUGGAUAUGGGAAUACUACUGUAAUAAAUACCUCGUACAUUAGUGGAUAAGGGAAUACUACUGUAAUAAAUACCUCGUACAUUAGUGGAUAAGGGAAUACUACUGUAUAUGCUGUUUUGGUCAAAAACCUGACCUUUGAAAAGUCACACUGACAGAACAUGUAAGGAAGAGUCCAUGCACAGUAAAAUACCCAUUUUCCAAAAGCUUCAUUUCCAAAUGUACAGGUUACUCAGCAUCGAGAAAACAAUCGAGAAAAACUGUAAAUUGACUUGUAUCUGUUUUGGCUGUGGUGUGCUAUUCCCAGUGUGUACUGUACCUUUUCUAUCUAAUAGGUAUUUAGACAUUUUAAAAGUGAGAAUGUCAGAGACAAAUAUUUCAUGUCUUGAAAUAAGCACUGAUAUGGACGACAUGUGUCCCUGUAGAUUGACACUGAGGCUUUGUGAUCUAAUGCACUAGUCAAUAUGAUGUCAAUAUUAUUAUUUUGCCAUUACAAAAUAAGGUAUAGUGUCCUUGUAAGUACACAAGUCUCCAAGAGAAUAUCACAGGACUAGUUCCUCAAACCAAACCUAUCGGCCUGGAUUUACAGAUCUGGUGCUGUCCCUUGGUGUAUCAGCUGCAGACGAUUGGAUUGCGCAAUAACACUGGCUUGUUUUCACAGGUCAUUUUCAAAUCUGAUGUUUUUGUUCCCAAAUCUGCCGGGAAUGUGGUGUGUGUGUGUGUGUGUGUGUGUGUGUGUGUGUGCGUUUGUGUAUGUUUAACCUCUGCCUUAGCUUAAGGUCCUUAAUGAAGUGAUAACAUGAAGGUUAAUAUGUGUGCACAUGUCUGAUAGGAGCCAACAUACAGUGAGCCCCAGAAGUAUUGGGACACUGGCAAUGUUGCAGUUGUUGUAUUGCUCUGUUCUCCAGCACUUUGAAUUUGAAAUUAUACAAUGACUAGGAGGUUAGAGUGAAGACUGACAGUGAAGACUGACAGCUUUUAAUUUGAGGUUAUUUUAAUCCAUAUCAGGGAGAACCGUUUAGACAUUACAGCACUUUUUGUACAUAGUUCCCCAUUUUAGAGAACUAAAAUUAUUGGGACAAAUUCACUUAAAUGUGGAUUAAAUGAGGCCUAACGUUUAGUAUUUGGUCCCAUAUACCUAGUACGUAAUGAUUACAUCACGCUUGUGACUCUACAAACUCGUUGGAUGCAUCUUCUGUUUGUUUUGGUUGUGUUUCAGAUUAUUUUGUGCCCAAUAUGAAUUAAUGGUAAAUAAUGUAUUAGUUCAGAACCAAAAAUGUACCUGAUUAAUGUAGAAGUGUUUAGAAAUAUAUUAUAUUCUUAUUUACAAUAAAAGUGACUCCAUAAUGACACUACAUUAUUUACCAUUCAUUUCUAAAUGCUCCAUUGGAUACGUUUCUGUGUCACUAUAUCAUUUUUUACAGUUAAACUUAUUUUUAUAACAUGGAGAGAACUUAAUUAUAUUUUGGUUAUAAAUUCGUUUUAAUUCAUUACUUGUGUAUAAAUGCAUUUAUUAUUUGUACUGUUUUAUACAUACACAUGCAUGUCCAUAGUUACCUCUGCCUACCUUCUCUCCAAUUAAGGAGCCUGUUGACACUGUAAUAAACUUGCUAUUCAAAUUAAA